CGGCUGGCGACGGAUAGCACGGGCUUUGCGUAGGUUGUUCAAGAUUCGGCGCCUGUGGUCAGCUCUCGGCAACCAUCUGAAGCGCUUCACGGCGCUCAAGCCUCUAUCAGAGCGCAGUCGUUGAGAUGGCGACGGAAGAGCGAAUCCAGCAGUUGGAGAGAGCAGCGCAGGCAAUGACGGAGGAGCUCCAGAACCGACAGAAUGGAAAGAAUGAGCUGACGGCCGAGGUGCAGCGCCUUGGCCGUGCUGCAGCUGGCGGGGCCCAACCACCGGCUGCCGCUGCGGCGUAUCGAGUGCAGCCCCUGGUGGAUACGCGCACGAUCGGCAAGCCAGACGUGUUCACUGGAGAAGAGCACAAGUGGAACGAGUGGAGGGUCAUCUUUAGAGCGUGCUGCGCUGUCGCGAACCCAGACCUAGUCAUCGGGAUGCAUCAGGCUGAGGGUGCCGACGCGAUAUCUGUGCUCAUAGAGCGGAUCGUUGGCCAGCUGCUCAACCAACUGAACUCCACAUUCACUGGUGACUUCGAGGACAGGCUAGCGCUGAGGAUUGGCUGGGCCCAGAGCGCGAUUGCCCCGGCCCCUGUGCCGAUGGGCCUGAGCGCCUUCGCCAAGGGUGGCAAAGGCAAGGGCAGGAGCGACGGCAAGGGCAAGACCAAGGGCGACGGCAAAGGCAGGAGCAGGAGCGACGGCAAGGGGAAUACCAAGUCUGACGGCAGGAGCAACUCCAGCGGAGUCAAGGGCCACGGGCAGAACCUCGGGCCUCGCUGCUGGGGCCGCGGCGGUCGAGGCCACGACCGACGAGAGUGCCCCGGCAAGAGCGGGGGCCCACUGGCGAGCAUGGAGCAGGCCCUGUCGCGCCUGAACCAGUACCAUCGGCUUGGAGUGGACCCUGGCGCGACCGGGCCAGCUCCAUCUGCGCCCGCGUCAGCUGCCUCGACCUCGACAGCUGCGACCACGAGGAUCGGUUCAGCAUCGUCUUCUACGAGUGGAGCGUCUUGGCAGAUCGCGGCGCUCUACUCAAAUGGCGACAGCGAGCAGGUCAGCCACCCUUUCGCGCACCUGUCCCUCGCCCUGAACGACCCGGGGACCACGAUGGCGGACGGCGUCGAUUCCGUGAUCGGCACGGCCCUGGGCGCGAACGUGACCCACGGCAACGCGGAUGCGGAGGAGGUCGAGCUCAACGGCUUCUUGCGCGUGGGCAUCGACUCGCGCGCAGCGACGUCUGUGCUGCCGCGUGGCUCGCUCGCGGGCAACCCUGCGCACGAGAGCCCUGGGGGGGCGGUCACCAGCAAGACCGCCUCCCGCCACUGCGCGGCUGACGAGGGCGAGAGGCCCCUCGUGGGGAAGAUGCCUGGAGCUCCCCAGGCACGCACCGCCAAGUUAAGGGUGGCGGGCGUCAGCAUGCCCUUUCUGAGCCUCGCUGAGAUGGUCGACUCAGUCCAUCGGCUCGUCUUCGACCCCGAGGGCGAACGAUGCGUUGGCCACGCGCGCCACGAGACCAGCGGAGACGUCGCGAAGUUCCGCCGCAGGGACAAGGUCUACGAGAUCGACGUGCACUUCGACCCGCGCGCGCAGGAGGUCUGCCCUGCUGAGGCGGCGGGCCCGGAGCCUCCCAAGGGCGAGACCGGCCAGCCAGGUCCGGUCCACGAGGGGGUUGCUGAGGGCUCCCCGGCGCGACCGGCGAGGGGGCCCGCGGCCCCACAGCGGCGGCCGAGCGAGCCGCGCAUGAGGUGCUGCGCAAGCCCUGCAGGGCUUGCCGCCGGGAGUGUGUCCUCGGCAGGGGCUUGUGGCUGCUCUCUCGGUGGUCGGCACUCGAGUGAAGGCGGGGCGACGACGCUGAUUGGCGAGGGCCCCAAGCAGCGCUGGUUCCACGCGUCCACGGUGCCGGCCAAGGGUGCGCAGCAUCCUUGGUCUGAGAAGUCGUGGUCGAAGAGGCUAGCGUUGGCUGGCCACAAGCGCUUCGUCUUCCGUUCGGAUGGCGAGGCUUCCCUCGUCGCCGUGAAGACCCGCAUCGCAGCCGACCUCGAGGAGGGCCACGGCGUCGAGACGGCCCCCGAGGAGGACGCGGUCGGCGACCCCCCGGGCAAUGGCCUCGCCGAGCACGCCGCGCGCGAUGUGAAGGCCAAGAUCAGGGCCGUGAGGGCGCAGGUCGACGACCUCCGCGACGCGAGCAUCGGCGCCGACCACCCGGCGAUCCUGUCGAUGGUCGAGCACGCGGCGACGUCGAGCAACCUGGGCAGGCACGGCGCUGAUGGCACCUCCCAGGGGAGCAGGCGGAAGGUCGGCAUCGAGGGCGAGUUUCUUUCUGGGCCCCACCUCGGGCCCACGCUGCGCACCGACGAGGUCUGCGCCGGCGCCGAGCUCAGCGCGCUGCGUGCCAGGACCUUCAAGCGACUACCGAUCGACCAGCGUGGCGACAAGGGCAUGCUGAACGCUCUAGUGGGGAAGCCGUGGGCGACUGUGCCAGCGAACGCGGCUAUUUGCGAGGUGCCGGUGGCUAUCGAGAUCCGCGUCUGUGCCGGCUGGGGCUCCAGCGCCGCCCAUGCGGACGUGGCCCCGGCCCCUCCAGACCCGGGCGACGGCCACCUGCGGGGGGAGAUCGAGGCGCUGCUGCUCUCUCUAGGCAACAGCGGGCGCAGCGAGGAUUCCGAGAAGCAGCGCCAGGCCUAUGCCAUCGGGCACGAACGCGCCGACGGCUGGAACGUGGAUAUCGCGGAGAACGCGAUGGCCAUCCCCGGCGCGGUGGUCCGUCGAGGGGGCCAGCGCGCGUUCGGCCCCGCGGCCCCGGGCGCUCGCGGCGACGGGCUCGCCGAGAAGCCGACGGGGUGGAUGAGCGACAACAUGGAGGUGUUGGCUGAGAUUUGCCGGCGCUGCCCCAACGACACAGGGAUUGGCCCUCGGCGCGAGCGCUCCGCUCUUGUGGGCUGGAACACGCGCGCGGCGGAGAGGCGCGACACCUUGAAAACCGAAUUCGAUGGCGAUCUCACGGGGGCGCCGCUGGACUCUGAGAAGGUCAAGACAGCGAGGCGAUCGGAGAUGGACUUCAUGGCGCCGCUCGGUGCGUGGACCUACGCAAGCGGCGAGGACUGCCACCGCGAGCUCGGCAGCAAGCCUCUCAGUGUGCGCCGGGCUGACACCGACGAGGGUGACUCUUGCCGGCCCGACUACAGGUCGCUCUACAUCAGGCUCCCAGACGAGGACCCGAUGUCGCAGGAGGCAGGCAAGUGCGGGCUCGUGAGGGUGGCUCUCUACGGGGCGCGCGACGCCGGCCGGAACUUCGAGCUGACGACCUCCGAGACCGCGGGCUUCUUCCACCACGGCGACGACUUUGCGCUCGAAGGCUCCCGCGACGACGCGGAGGCGAUCCGCGACGCGUUGAGCGCGAAGUUCGUCGCGACGGAUCGCGGAGCGCUCGGGCCAGCGCCGACCGACCUGAAGGGGAUCACGCGUCUCAACAGGGCCUUGCGCUGGCGAAGCUGGCGGAGCCAGGGCGGCGAGGCCAUCCAGUGCGAGUUGCCCGAGUCCGAGGCGGCCGAGUACCGCGGUGCGUGCACGAGGCUGGGCUGCCUCGCGCUCGACCGCCCGGUGGUGCCGCCAGAGGGGCCCGCCUUCCUGGACAUCCACUCUGACGCGGACUGGGCUGGUUGCCCGAUCGCCAGGAGGAGCACCAGCUCGGUCGUGAUCAAGCAUGGCCAGCAUCUGAUCGCGACGGCCUCAACGACCAAGAUCCCGAUCGCCAUGGGCUCAGGCAAGGCGGAGUUCUACGGCUGCGUGCGUGCUGCCAGCAGGGCUAUGGGCAUGCAGGCGUUGUGUCGAGGCUUCGGUCUUGAGCUGGGCUUUCGAGCAUGGAGUGAUCUGGCCGCGGCCCUCGGCGCCAUGCAGCGCCGAGGCGGUGGCAAGGUUCGUCACUUAGAAACGCCGACGCUGUGGGUCCAGCGGGCCCUCCGCGACGGCCGCUUUCAGCUUUCCAAGGUCCCGGGCAAAUCCAACCCUGCGGACCUGGGCACCAAGUGCUUGAAUCAGGCAGCGAUGCGGUUCGUGGCCUUCGUCGGGAGCUCGGCCCCGCGGGUGCCACCGAGGGAUGCGCGGCGCGGGCUCCUGGCAAGAGAGGCCCUCAGCCAGGGCGACACCGUUAUGGCCGGCUACGAGGUGCGGCCGGUGGUGGCCCAGGGCACGGACGAGGCCGAGGCCCCGGCGUGGCACCGUUCUAAGUACUACAAGUACCCCUGCAGAGCAUUACUUCUACAUCGGCGCUAUGAAGGUUUUGACCUGCCUCGCACUUCCGCUACGAUAGGUGUGACCCGGAGGGGCGGCGGCGGCCUCGCUGCAGCGCUCGGGCAGGUGCUCGGCCCAGGCAUCAAGGGCUACAUCUUCGGCGGUGGGGAGGACACCCGGGACAUGCCUUCCGUCAACGGCCUCGUGAUCGCGGACGAGGCGCCCCUGAAGCCGGAGGUGGUCACCGCCUUCGUGCGCCGCUUGGCGGACUCGGGUCGUGACCCAGCGGCCGUGGGCGGCGGCUCCGCGUCGCCCACAUGUGCUGGGAAGCAGUGCGGGCGCGCCGUGGACGCCGCCGCCACACACAGCGACCUGGCUGCCUCCGCGCAGCAGCAGCGAUUGCACGCGACUGGAGGAGAGGCCUGGGAGGCCGCCGUGGGGGCGCUGCGGAGUACCUGCGAGGCCGCCGGCGUGGAGUGGUCCAUUGUCAACGUCGGCAGGCUGCGCGGCGGGGGCUCCGCGACGCUCUCCAAGCACGCCCUGGGGAACAUCGUGUACAACGUGGGAGGCGGUCUAUUGGGCACCGACGAGCUCGAGGAGGAGUCCUUCGACAUCAGCAACCGUGGCAUGGAGGCCACCUGCCGGGGCGCGAAGAGGUAA